UUUUUGUUAUAAAAUUGGAUUUAAAAAUGUCAGAAGACUUUUAUAUGAGGUAUUAUGUUGGACAUAAGGGAAAGUAUGGACAUGAGUUCUUGGAGUUUGAAGUGAAUAGUGAGGGAAGGCUCAGAUAUGCCAAUAAUAGUAAUUAUAAGAGCGAAACCAUGAUUAGGAAGGAGGUAUACCUCACAGAGGUAGUAGUUGAGGUUCUUCAAAAUAUCAUUAAGGAUUCUGAUGUGAUGGACUUAGAGAAAGAACAUCCAGAUGCAGUAAAAGACUGGCCAGCUCCUGAUAGAAAUGGAAAGCAAGAGCUUGAAAUCAUACUUGGAGGACAAGAUACCAAAUUCACAACUUCUAAAUUCAGUUCCUUAGUAGGAAUGGAUGAACAUCUCACAACGCUCUACUACUUAGUACAAGAUAUCAAAAGUUUGAUUUUCUCGUUACUAAAUUUGAAAUUCAGAAUAAAUCCCAUCAAUGCAAACUAG